ACACAUGGAAGAGAAGUAAGGGAGGAGGGGGGGCACCAACACUUAAAGACACACUGGAAAUGUGCACACAACUGCUCCGACGCGUGCUGAGUGCUGGAAUCACAAACAUAGGGACACAGAGAGCGGGGUAGUGCAUGACGCCAGCAACCCAACGCUGUUUGUCGCUCUUUCUCUCUCGCAGACACACACUCCCCUUUAUCACACACACGCCUCUCAGACAUACGGCAGCGCACAAGCCAGGGAGCAGGACAGCGCUGGACAUAUCAUUAAUAUAGGGAAAAGAUCAGAAGAAAAGGAUUAACUAUCCCCAUCCCUCUCCCUCUAAGGAUCUUAUCCUCUCUUCCCUGCGCGUGUCUCUAAGCCUCUCCUCAUCUCGUUUUUCUACAAUCCCUCUUUUUUCAACACAAUCCCUUCUUUUUCAAUAUUCAUUGGUGGGCUGAAGGGAAGCUGAGGGGGAUUGUCUCAAAACAGAAAGGAGGAUUAUUCUUACAUUAUUCCUUUGACCACGAUUUUGAGCACAUGGAUGUUGCUAACUGAAGUGGGAACAGUUUUUUUCACUGUUUUGUCCUGAAUUAAAUUUUUUUAUAUUUUGUUUCUUGAAUAUUUUUUUUUUGGAUGGAUGGCUGAUGGCAGAAAGCUCUAACACCAGUUCUGACUGAUAUUUGGUCAAAAGGUUAUUUGCUGUUUUCCCAUUGCCUCCCAAGUGGAAGCUGCAGGUAUGGCAGCUUGACACCAUCUUAACCCUGCCCCUCUGACAGAGGAAGGCUGAAGAGACCGGUGUGAUGCCCCCUCACACCCACCCCUCUGGGGGCACGGGCCCGCCCCCUGUCAGCACGACCAGCCACUUGGUCAGACCCGUCUUCCUCGGUGUGGUCUGCUUCCUGGCUGCUCUGCUGCCGCCAGCCCUCCCAUGCCCUCCUCCCUGUCUCUGCUCCUCAGACAACCUGGUGGUGGACUGCGGGGGCCGCGGUCUCUCCUCGCUGCCUCCCAUGCACCUCUUGCCUCGAGGGAGUCGCUCCCUACUGCUAGCCAACAACAGACUGGCCUCACUGGGAGCCGCUGCCUUUGCGAAUCUCUCCUCGCUGGAGGAGCUGGACCUCUCUAAUAACUACCUGAAUAAUUUACCAGCUGGAUUAUUCAGAGACAUGUCCAACUUGACAAGACUGACACUACACAACAACUCCCUAACAGUAAUGGACAGAGACCUCUUCCAGGGUUUGGACAGCCUUCAGACCCUGGACCUAUCACUGAAUGGUCUGUCCACAGUUCCUCUCGGCGUACUUGAUGAGCUGCAGAGGCUGAGGUGGCUGUCACUAGCAGGUAACAGGCUCCAUGGUUUGGAGAGGGCAGCGUUUGAGCCGCUUGCCAACCUGCAACACCUGGAACUGGGACACAACCCCUGGGAAUGUGACUGCAACCUCCGAGAUUUCAAACACUGGAUGGAGUGGCUUCUGUACCGAGGGGGGAAGGUGGAUGCCGUGGAGUGUACGCUACCAAAGGAUCUGCGUGGGAGAGACAUCCGUGGUGUUCCGGUGGAAAUGUUCAAUUACUGCCUCCAGCUUGAAGAUGAGAAUGGAGGAGGUGGUGAGGGCACUCGUUCUGGACAAGGAGCUGGUCCUCCAUGCAGCAGGAGUGCUCUCAAUCCAAGUGGGGCAACACCAGUUUCUGCCAACAGCAACACUGGAGCUGACUCCUCUUCAAACAGUGGAGGUGGCGGAGGAGGAGAGGCCCCGCCGGAUUGCGUCCGGGCUCGUUACAAGCCCGUGAGCGUGCGGCGUGCCAUUGGCACGGUGGUGAUUGCUGGCGUGGUGUGCGGCAUUGUUUGCAUCAUGAUGGUUGCUGCCGCUGCUUAUGGCUGCAUCUACGCCUCCCUGAUGGCCAAAUACCAGAGAGAGCUAAAGAAAAGGCAGCCAUUGAUGGGGGAUGGAGAUGGCGAUGGGGAGGACAGAGAGGAGAAGCAAAUCUCCUCUGUGGCCUAAAGGAGGAUUGGGACCGGAAAGGGUUCCCGUCUUAAAGGGUUAAUGUCAAAAGGGGGUGAAUAUUAAAAGGGCUUAAAGAUGAGAGAGAUGGAAGCACUUGAGUUAGGCUAACAGUUCUAUUAUAUUUUCUCCAGCUCAAAAACUGACACCUUUCUCCCACUUUUUGCCUCCCUGUCUUCAUCCUUUUCUAUUUGUGACCUUCUUCCUCUGUCUCCUCCUCCAGCAAACUCCCACACACAUAUCUUAUCUGCUCCCUGAGUUUCUUUUCAAUUUGGAUCUGUUUUCUUUUCAGUAUCUGUUACCAGCAUUCCCUCUCAGUCGCCCACCAAACACCUACUGCAGCUGAUUUUGCCAUCAUAUUGAUAGGGAGAACAGACAAAGACUUUGUAUUCUCUCUAAUAUGACAUGUAUAACUGAUGCUGCUACUGAAGACUCGUGGUUUGUGGUCAACGAAUAAGCUAGACUUAAAAUUCAGGGACUCGUAGCAUGUACGGUGAUUAUUGGACCAGUGUCAUGAAUAGUUGUAGUGCUGUGUCUGUUUUUACAACUUUACAAAUGUCUUGGACUCCAGCCCUGACCUUCCCACCUUCUUCUGACUGAGUCCUGCUCCGAUCUUUUCUCUCGAAACCUCCGAGAUCCUGGGAAACAACUUAUGGUCAAAAUUUGUUUGGAAAAGAGAAAAAUCUAAAAGGAAAUACCAUUCACACCCUCAAAGCCUUUAUACUGCGUUGAGAAGAUACAGAGGACAGAUUCAAUCUUGAUGGGAAAAUCAAACAUAAAAGUCUCAGAAAAUCAUGUAGAUUUGCAAGACGGAGUAAUCAUUAUUUGAUUGACAGGCAAUCUAUGACAGAUUCAGAUGGACCAGAUGUCACUAAUUCUUUGAAUCUUCUGUGGAUAAUAAAGAAAAUUGCCUGCAGUCAUAAUUAUGGAAGAAAUAGCAUUUAAUGCAGCAUCAUUUAGCUGUGUUUGUCCUCUUGUAUAAUGGUUCUGAUCAAUGUCCGGACGGAUCAGAAGUUAUUCUAUCAUGAUGAAAAAUUGAUCAAACUAAUGUAAUGUUGUUACUUGGGAGAUGUGUCUGGAUCAGGAAAGGUUUCGGCACAUUUCAAUGGAAAGAAAUGACCACAGACUUUAAAUGGAAGCUGAUAUUCUUUGCUCUAAAGUCAUUAUCUGACUGACUUCCUCCAGCAGAGAUAAAUGUUAAUUGCCUCUGGGAGAUAGGAUGAUAUGCUUAUGGAGGCAUGAAAAACAAUCUCGGAGAACACCCUCUCCUGGAAAGGACUACAAGAAUUGUUCUAAAGACUACAAACAGUAUGUCAGACUCCUGCACUUUAUUCCUUCCCUCAAUCAAAUCCCUUCUCUCCCUCUUCUCCUCUUUCUCUUUCUUUAUAAGAUGGACGAACUGCCAAGAGGGACAAUAAAGAGGGAUAUGAUUUUUAAAAAGCUGCUAUUUUUCCUUGUUCAUCUUUUUAUCUCUCAGUUAAUCUUUCCAUUCAAUGCUAUUGUUGGAAAGUCUUUCACACUCCUCAAAGAUUUUCACCUUCAUCAUCCUUCCACCAAAACUGUUUCUGGUAAUAUGCAAUGGAAGAUCUGUUACCAUAACAUGGACAUGUGUCCUAAUGAAAAAACACAGAAAAGCUCAUCGCUUUUUUUUGUGAGGAACACAGUUGCACUUUAAAAAAAUAUGUUUUUUUUUAACCAUGUUUUCAUAGCAUCUCAAUUCACACCCAGAUAUAUUCAUUUGGACUUUAACAUAUUUCGCUUUUCAGAAAUGGACUGCUGUCUCUUAAAAUGACUGAAGUAGCAUUCGUUGCAUAUUGCUCCCUGGAUAAAAAUGCUGUUCCUACCAUUUUCUUCAUGUUUUGAUUGGCUUGAAAUUAACUUAUAUCGACUGCGUGUUAUCUUAUACCCACGUACAAUGGAGAUAAAUGUUAUUAUGCUAGUCUUGAUGUGUUGGCCCAUAAAACCCAAAAUGUUUAUGAUGUAAGUGCUUAUGGUUUCCUGUAUGAACUCACAAUAUAUGUAUUUUGUUAAUGACCUCUAUGUUUUGUUUUGGGCUCUAUCAUCUCUGUGAUGCUUAUUUGUUGUGUCCUUAUACUUGUGUUCAGAUGUUGGUACCAUUUCUGUAGGAGCAUAGACAGAGUUUAGAGUGUGUCUCAGAGGGUGUACUGCUCCACCUCUAAAAUUUGGUUGUAUAAAUUAAAUAACUUCUGGCAUGAUGUAAUACCUCUGUCAAAAUCUCCCAGCCUACUCUCAUGAGACAGUCCAUAAAUCAUACACAUAGACCUGUGCUGACAGCCCCCCCCCCAUUUCAUGUAUAUGGGGAGUAAUUACUAUUAAAAAUUAACCUGAAGCGAUAUGCAAUGGAAUCAGUACAUUCAUAUAAAAAUCAAUGAAUUAUUUGAUUUAUGAAUUAUUUUUAAUUUUAAUCUAUUUGAGAUGACUGUCUGCAUGUAUGGAUGUGGCUUCUAUAUUCUAUUCACCUUUAUAUAUAUCUAUAUAUAACAAUUCCUUUGUUGAUAGGUUUUUACAGACACAUGGGAAUUUUUGGAAAAUCAAAUUCAAGUUCAAGACAUGCAUAAACCAGUAAUAGUAGGCAGAGAUCAUUUGAAAAAAAAUUAAAGCUAAAAACUGCAGCUAAGAUACAGCUCUAUCCUGAGGUUUCUAUAUGUGUUUAUAUUCAGUAGCAACAGCUUAUUUGCAGUAGCAGGCUGAACAGAUUAUUGAGAAAAAAGCGGUUUCAGAAUACUAAUUACUGGCCAUUUCAAAUCAGCUCCAGGUUGUAUUAUAACGUGUGACACUUGAGUACACAUACACAUCUCUAUAGCUUACAAAUGGAAAGAGAUUUGAAAGCAAGUACGAGUCAUUUUCAUGCCUUUAAAGAAUCCCUCAACAUAUUCUACAUAAAAAGAGAAAUAGAAAAAAAAUUCAGCUUCACAGACUCACACACAACUAAAGCAAUUAAACUCUGUCUAUGAACCUCGAAACACUGUCAUCCAACUCCCUGGUUUCAAAGUCUUGUAAUUUCAGUAGCUAAGGAUCUUACCUAGCUAAAUCCUCUCCUUAUAGCUUGUUUGUGUAAAGAAAACUAAACUAUCGUUUGUUACGUAAAACUGCAGCAGCAGACAUGAUGACUGAGGACCCUUAUGAUGGCACAGCUCAGAAAUCUGUGGUAUGUUGUGUUCUUCUGCUGAUUGUGAUUAUGACAAUGGUGAUGAUAUUAUGAUAGUGGUUAUGAAGCAUUUCCUGGUCAAUAUGCAUUCAUUGGAAUAAAAACAUAUCACACCUGGUCCUUAUGA